AGUAAUCAGCACUGAUGCAUAUAUGGGCCUGCCCAUUUGUGAAUGGAUAGAUCUUACACCUGAUGCCACGAAUAUGCAACCACCCUGUACUGUGUUUGUUGUGCGUGUGUGAGACAAAGCAAAAGACGGGGCAGUAGGUAAACGCACACCAUCACAUGACCAUCGCUCACUCUUGCAGGCCAUCUUGUUUUCCUUGUGCCUAGCCGUCUUCUACACAUUUGCCUCUUCUUCCAAUCCAACUAGCUAGUCCCAUCGAUCGUUCCACUUCUGGCUCCCUCUCAUCAUCUGCCUCAAGGUCCUCAAGAAGCGAGAGAGAGAGAGAGAGAGAGAGAUGGCAGCAGCAAUGGCGGUGGCGUGCUGCGGGCUGGAGGAGGAGACAGUGACGGGGGAGCAGAAGGCGCCGGGGGCCUGCCCGCGGUGCGGCGGCGCGGUGGUGGCCACGGACGUGGAGAGCGCGCGGCGGGUCCUCUGCUGCCUCCCGCUCUGCGUCAAGAACAAGCGCAAGUUCUCAUGCGCGCGAUGCCGCCGCAGCCUCGCCGCGCUCUACCCCCACGCCUAGCUCUAUUACCAUGUCAAAGCUAGCUCACUGAGAUUGCAGUUCAUGCUUACUGCUUAACUACCUUCUUAAUCAUCGACGAUUGUCACUGAGAUUGAGCUGUUGGGAUUAACUAGCUAGUUAGUACUUGCACUUGAAGUAGUUUGUAACCUGUUCAUUAGGUUUGAUGAUGGCUGUUAGUUAUCAUGUUGAUGCUGAACCCAUCUUCAGGUUUUAGCUUCUUAAUGAAUUUCUUCAUGUAUUCUCUCCUUUUGAUAUAUGUUCCAUUCAUAUCGUAUUUCUCAUGGAUUUUUCCUUGGGAUUUUGCAGCGGCCACCUCAUUACUGGAUAGUCCUUUGCAUCUCAUCCUUUUGCCCUUUGGACAAAAUGUGAUAAUACAUUAUUUCCCUUCUGGUCUAAAGUGCUUAAAGAGCUAGGUUGCUUGCAGUGCUUUCUUGCCUCGGAUGGACGGCGUACGUUUCCAUCAAGCUACCAUGCUUUGACGUUUCCAUCAAGCUACAAUCCUUGAAGGAAAAAAUCCCACAAACUCUCAUUGUGUUCGAGAGAGAAAAAGAUAAAGACUUACAUGUCUUAUUUUGUGGCUUUAGACUAUGAUGGCACAGAUAGUUGUUAUAUCUGUAUGACAAAUAAUAUAUUUCAAUCAUA